GACGCUGGCUAAGAAGCGUAAGGAGACCAGUUCCCGGCAGGAGAUGACGGUGAUGGUCAACUCCAUGGACAAGAGCUUCGCUGAGCAGGGGACCAGCUACCAGGCGGACACUCACACACUCACCACACGCACCCUCUCCUCUCCAUCCUCCUUUACGCUGAAAUCCAACUCCAUCACAACCUCGCUGCCCAACACCUACUACCAGGAUCCAUUUGUACCGACUGCUAUCCUAGUGCCCAUUCAUGACGACAGCCAGACGCUGACCAGUGACACCAGUAGCCUGGUCCAGGCCCACGGCUUUAAGAAGCGGCCGGAGGAGCGCGAGGCCGUGCCCUACCAGACCGCCCAGCUGCACCCGGCCAUCCGCGUGGCCGACCUCCUGCAGCACAUCACCCAGAUGAAGUGCUCCGAGGGCUACGGCUUCAAGGAGGAGUACGAGAUUAACGAGAGUUUUUUCGAAGGACAGUCCGCUCCGUGGGAUUCCGCUAAAAAAGACGAGAAUCGCCUGAAGAAUCGCUAUGGAAACAUCAUCGCCUAUGAUCAUUCACGUGUUCGUCUCCAGCCUCAGGACGGGGAAAGUGGCUCUGAUUACAUCAACGCUAACUAUGUUGACGGAUACCACCGACCCAACCACUACAUAGCAACACAAGGUCCCAUGCAGGAGACAGUGUUUGACUUCUGGAGGAUGAUUUGGCAAGAGAACAGUGCAGCCAUCGUCAUGGUUACCAACCUGGUGGAGGUGGGCAGGGUGAAGUGCUGUAAGUACUGGCCUGAUGACACUGAGAUCUACGGAGACAUGAAGAUCACUCUGAUAGAAACCCAGCUGCUGUCCGAGUACGUCAUCAGGACCUUUGCCGUGGAGAAGCGGGGGGUCCAUGAGAUCAGGGAGAUCAGACAGUUCCACUUCACGGGCUGGCCGGACCACGGAGUCCCGUACCACGCCACGGGGCUGCUGGGAUUCACCCGCCGCAUCAAGACCACCGCCUGCCCCGGGCCCCUGGUGGUGCACUGCAGUGCGGGUGCCGGGAGGACGGGCUGCUUCAUGGUGGUGGACAUCAUGCUGGACAUGGCCGAGAGAGAGGGCGUGGUGGACAUCUACAACUGUGUGAGGGAGCUGAGGGCCAGGAGGGUCAACAUGGUCCAGACAGAGGAGCAGUACGUCUUCAUCCAUGACGCCAUCUUGGAGGCGUGUCUCUGCGGUGACACCACCAUCCCAGCCAAUCAGCUUCGUUCGGUUUACUACGAGAUGAACAGACUGGACCCCCAGACCAACUCUAGUCCAAUCAAAGAAGAGUUCAGAACGUUGAACAUGGUGACUCCGACGCUGCGUGUGGAGGAUUGCAGCAUCGCUCUGUUGCCGAGGAACCAUGAGAAGAACCGCUGCAUGGACGUCCUGCCUCCGGACCGGUGCCUGCCCUUCCUCAUCACCAUCGACGGAGAGAGCUCCAACUACAUCAACGCCGCCCUUAUGGACAGCUACAAGCAGCCGUCCGCCUUCAUCGUGACCCAGCACCCCCUCCCCAACACGGUGAAGGACUUCUGGAGGCUGGUGCUGGACUACCACUGCACCGCCAUCGUGAUGCUGAACGACGUGGACCCCGCCCAGUUGUGUACUCAGUACUGGCCGGAGAUCGGGGUCCACAGCCACGGACCUCUGCAGCUGGAGUUUGUUUCUGCCGACCUCGAGGAAGACGUGAUCAGCCGGAUAUUCAGGAUAUACAACGCCGCACGGCCCCAGGACGGGUUCCGCAUGGUGCAGCAGUUCCAGUUCCUGGGCUGGCCGAUGUACCGCGACACGGCCGUCAACAAGCGCUCCUUCCUCAAGCUCCUCCACCAGGUGGAGAAGUGGCAGGAGGAGUACGGAGGGGGGGAGGGCCGCACUGUGGUGCACUGCCUUAAUGGGGGUGGUCGCAGUGGGGCGUUCUGUGCCAUCAGUAUCGUGUGUGAGAUGUUGAGGCAGCAGCGGUCCGCAGACGUCUUCCACGCCGUCAAGACCCUACGGAACAACAAGCCCAACAUGGUGGACCUGCUGGAGCAGUACAAAUUCUGCUAUGAAGUCGCUCUGGAAUAUCUCAACUCUACUUAACCUGAACAGCCAAUCAUCUCUCCCCAACUCCUCUCCCCUCCUCUCUCCUUCUCCCCAACUCCUCUCUCCUCCUCUCCUUCCCAAGUCCUCUCUCCUCCUCUCCUCCUUCCCAAGUCCUUUCUUCUCCUCUCCUCCUCUCCUCCUCUCCCCUCCUCUCUCCUCUCCCCUCCUCUCUCCCCUCUGCCUCCUCUUUCCUCCUCUCUCCUCAUCUCCUCCUCCCCCCUCCUCUUCUCCCCCACCACCUCCCAAGUCCCGGAGAACUACUGAAACAGGAGGAGGAGGAGGAGGAGGAGGAGGAGGAGGAGGAGGAAGAGGAGGAGGAGGAGGAGGAGGUGGUGGAGAGCCUUGCUGCACUGCCUUGUUUUAAACUCCACACCUCAUGAUGUAUAUGCUUGUAUAGAAACAUGUACAGUUCACCAAUAUGCAUGUGCAAACACUAUUGUUCUGUGUUUGUCUGUCUAUCACACACACACACACAGACAGACACAUACAUACACACCACACACACACACUUACAAACACACAGGCACACGCUCAGAGACGUCACAGGUUUACAAAGGGCUGAUGGUGAUGAGAUAUGAUUAGAUGAUUUUUUUUUUUAUCCGUUUGUUGUGAGUUCAUCGCUAAAAAGAUCAAAGGAGUGUGGAGAGACUUUCCCUGCAUCCCUUCGUCAUGGAGAUCAAGAUCAAGAUGGAUGCCCUGAUGUUUACACAGCGUCCAAAGGAUAAAGGAGAUCGAUAGGAGACGUUCUUCCAUCCCUACACCCCUUCAUCUCCACCCCUAUGUCCGUUCGUUGCGAGUGUAUGUUGGAUGUGAGUGUGUGUAUGGUGUGUGUGGUGUGUGUGUUAGUGUGUUUGUGUGUGUGUGUGUGUGUGUGUGUGUGUGUGUGUGUGUGUGUGUGUGUGUGUGUGUGUGUUGGGAUUCUGUGUUCAUACUGUACAUAACGACACCACUAUUUAUUCCUGCACACAGUCUUGGUGUUGAUGUCAUGAAUAUUAUUAAUAUUGUUGUUAUUAUUGUUGCUGUUGUUGAUAUUGUUGAGAGAGCAGAGAGCGACAAUCAUGGUGGAUUUUACGGAACCGUUCAAACUGGAUCAAACUGGAAAGGACCGCUUCAGACUGGUGCAGACUGGUGUGUUUUGGCCUCUCCGGGCUGCCGUAGAUCUCUGACACCCUUGAGUCACCGACAGGAGACAGGAAACAGGAAACAGGUGUUGGACCAGACACUGUGGUCUUUAACACACACACACACACACACUAAUAGACGCACGCACACACUCUAAUAGACGCACACACAGACACACACAUGGGGUAGACAUGCCAUCAGAGGUCUGGAUCCCACAAUGACCACUGGCCUGGCCCUAUGAUCCCUGAAGGGAAGUGCUGGUCCAUACACACAUGCGCACCUACACACACACACACACACACACACACACCUACACACACCUGCAACGGUUCUGAGGUUUUGAUUGGUUUGCUCUGUCGGGUCAUGUGAUCCGAUGUAUCGUACAGAUUUUAUUUAUAUUGUAUGAUUGCAAAAGAUGAAUACAGAUGUAUACACAAUA